UCUCGCCCUCGUCGCAUUGUUGUAGGGAUCACCGGGGCCACAGGAGCACCAUACGCCAUCGCUUUGCUGAGGCUUCUACGUGAACUUGGGAUAGAGACGCACGUUGUCAUUAGUAAAUGGGCGCUAGCGACUCUCAAGUACGAGACGACAAUGACUGAAGAACAGAUCCGUUCGCUAGCACAUGCGAAUUACACCGCAAGAGACGUCUCAGCCCCCAUCGCAUCAGGAUCAUUCCAGCACGACGGUAUGGUCAUUGUACCCUGCAGUAUGAAGACACUAUCAGCUGUAAGAAGCGGCUACUGUGAUGAUCUGAUCUCGCGGGCGGCAGAUGUGACCUUGAAGGAGAACAGGCGGUUACUCAUGGCCGUGCGAGAGACCCCGUUGAGUGAUGUCCACUUGGACAACAUGCUGUUCCUACGGCGAGCUGGGGCUAUCAUAUUUCCGCCUGUUCCUGCAUUCUACACCAACCCUGACAGUCUGGAGGAUGUAGUUAACCAGAGCGUGGGGCGCAUGUUGGACUUGAUGGGGGUUCACACGGAUGGAUUUGAGAGAUGGGACGGAUUCAAGCAG